AUGCGAUACUGCCAGGCUGAGUCUUGCGCCAUCAUCCGCACUCCAAGCGCUAUCUCAACAGCCAGCAGAACAACCCCAGAAAUUGUGUCGCGGCAGCAUCAUGAGAGCCUUGAGCUGAACAAUUCAUCCACGCGACAUGGCUCAAUGCAAGACAAAACAUCGCGUAGCUGCGAUAUUCGAUGUUGGCCACAGUUGUGUGUGCUUGCUUCUGUGUCACCUCCUGAGUCCUGCAUGCUCAUGUUAUCAAUCUUACUUGAAUUUAUCAUCUCGUUUUGUUCCGCUCCAGCCACCCCAUCCUUCGAGGCCUCUGCCUACGUCACCUCCACAAUGGAGCAUCGUCCUCUCGCUGACCACUCUUCUGCAUUACGCCGAUAUGUCCACGAAACAGAUUCCUGCCUGUACGCCCGAAUAUCGGCAGCCAACGGUUCUGACCGAGAGCGAUUCUACGUUGACUACCAUGAACCCCAGCUUCACACCGUUCAACAAGAAGUCUCCCGUCGAGAACCAAGCGAAGUCGAGCGAUUCCCAUUCCUCUGCGUCUUCCAUUUUGCAGGCUGCGAUAAGAAGUUCGAGAAUAAAAGGGACUGGAAGGACCAUGUUGUGUCCCAGCAUCUGAAACUAGACCGGGUGCUCUGGGAGUGCAAUGAACCCGGCUGCACGCAUACCGAGCGCACUCGUCGGCAGAGGCAAUUCUUCCUACCGGCCGAGGAUAAAACCCUACGAUUGAAGGACUACAACGGUACAGGUACGCUCUUCGCCAACAAGCACGAUUUCCGAACGCAUCUUAUCAACCGUCACCGACGGACCAAGCUGCACGACAAAAAGGAAGAUAUAAACAAGGUUCUCGACAAAGAGGUGCAAUGGCUCCUAGACCGUCAAGACUCGUCGAUGCGCAUGUUAUAUGGACUGCCUCAAGACCUUGUCUGUCCAAUGCCCGAAUGCGCAUCGGUGCGGUUUGUUGGUACUACGGCUUGGGAUCGACGGCUCAACCACGCUGCUGAACACUUUCUUGCCAACCCACAAUGCUUGAAUGUUUUUGGUGGCGAGCUGGACGCUGAGCUUGUACAAUGGGCAUCCAGCGAUGAAGUCGGCAUCCAUAAGAUGGCGCCAAAUGCUCGCCUUGCACAACAUGACUGCACCAAAUCGAUCGCAGACAGUGGCUACAGCAGCAUGCCUGGUAUACCACCUCAACCGAACCUUUCACAGCCGGGCGAUUCAUCCCCCGUGGUGCCCUCCAAGAUCCCAGAGUGGAGCGAUGCCACAUUCCAUUACAGCAGCAUGGAGGAACUAUACCUGAGUGCAUUGCCAGGCUGUAUGGGAGGCUGGGUUCAAGAUCAUGAGUGUCUGGAACCUUUGAUUGACGAAGAAAGCAGUUCUUCAGCAUACCAGUCUUUCCAGGAAUGGCGGUCCCAAUACGAGUCCAUGGAGGACGAUAGUGUCCUCAAUACCUCCCAAGACUCGGACUCUAGUGAUGAGUCUGAUGGAACGCCUGACGAGAAUCCGGAGACUGCGGCUGUUAUGCAAUGGUUCCAUGGAUGGCUUCGGCAAUGGCUGGCGCCGCUGACACAGGAGAGACCCAGCGGAAAUGGUAGUAGCCAGGCUACCGCAUCUCAAAGCCAAACCAGCUCCAGUUCCAGCACGCAGAAGAAGAAAGGAACCGGCCGGCCUCGCCGUGUCCCAAAGCGCAAGCGAGGCAAUGACGGCGAAGACGAUGGCAAUGAAGAGAGUCCCAAAUCUCAACGUGUUGAUGGAGGUCAGCAGACACGAAUGCUUGCCUGUCCGUACUUCAAGCGGAACCCGCGAAAAUACGGUCGGCCAGAAUGGAAGAGCUGCGCACACCCUGGUUAUCGGGACCUCCAUCGCGUAAAAGAGCACAUGUAUCGGCGACAUUCGCUGCCCGAGUACCAAUGCCGGCGCUGUCGCGUGGAUCUCAAGACCUCAGAAGCCCUGGAGGCGCACUCGCAGCAAUUGCAAGCGUGCACGCCAACCGUCGGCAACCAAGACGGCUUGAACCAAGAGCAGGUAAAAAGAAUGAGAAGUAAGAAAGGAACGGGGAAGAACAAGAGCGAGGGGGACAGGUGGAACGACGUUUACUCCAUUGCGUUCCCUUAUGAUCAGCAUACGCCCAGCCCUUAUCUCUACGAUACUGACGAGGAUAAAAGUGCCAGGGAGUUCAAUCUAUGCCACGAGUUCGGCGGCUUUUUAACGAGGGAGCUGCCCCCGCUUGUCGGGAGACAUUUGAGCACGGUUGGAUACCCGUUGCCCGAGUCAAUACGAGACGACAUUGAGCAAUUGGUGAGACGGUUUGUUCCUCAGCUGCAGACUUCUUUUUUAAAAGAGAUGAGUUUUGUGGCAAGCACUAGCAAUGAGCAGCCAGACAGUGCAUCAGCAACAAAUGACGCAGCCAGCUUCGUGGAGUCUACGACAACAAGACGCACUUCUGAGGACUCAGCGACGACGCUUCAACGGGACAAUACACAUGAAGACUCAGUGACAAUACUCCCAAGAGGAAGCACCUCUGAAGCGUCAAUGUCCAUGUUUCCGACAAGCAACGGCUCUCAAGAAUUAACGACAAUGCCUCAAAUUAAUUACGUCGGAGCAGAUUCGACGAUGCUACAUAAUGGGACUUUCUCUGGGCAGGGCAUGAUGAUCCCGGCAUCUCAGACGAUACCACCAUACUUUUCGCCGACAAUUGAGGAUUGGCAGGUAAUUUAUCAGCAGCUUGGCUAUGACCCAAAUCUUGCUUUGGGGUUUGGUGGGAUGAAAACUUCAUAGGAUACAAGUUCA